UUCGACUACCAGGAGCUGCUCCACAACUCCAGCUUCUGCCUGGUGCCCCGCGGUCGCAGGCUGGGUUCCUUUCGCUUUCUUGAGGCCCUCCAGGUACGACGUUUCCCCGUCAAAAUCCUGUCCCUCCGAGGCUCCUCGCGUCUCCAAGUGGUUACCUUGGUAACGGGUGCUAGUCGUCAGCACGGCAGCCGGGAUUGGAGCCUGUGAGUUGUGCAGGUCCUGCAGGCUGCCAGGCCUGAUGCUUGGAUUAUUGGUAUUGACAACCUGUCAUCUUUUCAAAAACAGCCGCAGAAGAUUUCUGUACUGUAGAUAACAGAGUAGCCCUAUUUUUAUCUCUUCCAACACCUCCGACUUUCAUUAACACCUGAUCUUCUCCUCAUCUCUGGAAUGUUUAUUUGGACUGACAGAAGCCACUAUAGAAGUAUUUUAGGAUUGUUUAUGACUUGGAACCAUUCCAUUAUGGAUGUGCGUGUGUCUAUAUACACUGAGUAUACAAAACAUUAGGAACACCUGCUCUUUCCAUGAGAUAGACUGACCAGGUGAGUCCAGGUGAAAGCUAUGAUCCCUUAUUGAUGUCACUUGUUAAAUCCACUUCAAUCAAUGUAGAUGAAGGGGAGGAGACAGGUUAAAUAAGGAUUUUUAAGACAUGGAUUGUGUAUGUGUGCCAUUCAGAAGGUGAAUGGGCAAGACAAAAGAUGUAAGUGCCUUUGAACGGUGUGUGGUAGUAGGUGCCAAGGGCGCCAAUUUGUGUCAAGAACUGCAACACUGCUGGGUUUUUCAUGCUCAACAGUUUCCUGUGUGUGUGAAGAAUAGUCCAUUACCCAAAGGACAUCCAGCCAACUUGGAAUAUUAGGAAGGUGUCCUUAAUGUUUUGUACACUCAAUGUAUACAGAGUAAGUUUUUAUGGACACGUGGAAUCUACUAAGAACGUAGUGUGUUAUUACAUCCAGGUACACUGAGGCCUGGCUAAAACGUAAAGAAUGAAGGAAGCAGCCUAGUCAUUUCUACCCCACUCUCUCUACAGGGUUGUCAGUGCAGCAGUUAGGCAGACACACUGUAGGUAACAAUUCAAAUGUGGAAAUAAUCAUCUCACAGAGUGCCGACUGAGAGCUAGUCGGAAUUGCGGCUGGGCUGCCUUUAAAGUGUGAGGCAGUUGCAUUCUGCACCCAGAUUUCCGAGGGGACACUUGGAGAGGAGAGGAGAGGAGAGGAGAGGAGAAAUGUCACGACACUGACCCAGGCCAUGCAAAUCACUAAAGAGCAGAGGAGAUUUAAACAGACAAACAGGCCACCAGACUUGGCCUUUCUCACAAAGUCUCCUUAAGCCCAAAAUGAGUGUCAGCUUUUAAUGAUGGAGAUCCAAUUCUUACUUGAAAAUUCAUGGUUCUGUACAGUUCAGUACGCAGCGUUGCUUUUUAUUAUUUUAUAAGUCUGCAUGCAUGGUUGAUGACUACAAACCACACCAAAUUAGAUCCCACUAAUGCAGUGCCACUGUAUAGGAAAUUAAAAAGGAUUCUAAUGAUGUAGGCUAUAUUAAUUUAUCCGUAAGUGCUAGUGCACCCAGUUUAUUCUCCCUAAAAAUGGUUGCGACUUCAGUUUUCUCACCUCUGAAAAUGCAUUAAUAGUGAAUCCUUUGCAAACUUAGCUCGAUAGAGAAUUUGAUCCCUGUAAAAACCUGACUUUAAGUGAUAAACAGGUUUAUGUGUUGCUAUGGUGUUUCCUUUCAUUAAAUUGUGUAAAGAGGUUUAAGGAGUGAAACAAUUUCACAUUUCGAUUUAAUUAUAAAGGUGCCGCUUUGAGGCAAACUACAAGUAUUUCUGAAUAUUAAAACAGGCGCCACGAUUGAUGAUCUAUGUUCAGCAAACAAAGAAAACAAAACUCAAAAUAAUAUUGUGUGUUGAAAAGUUAUCUAAUUUUUCACAUAUUUGUUUGUGUUGCUGGUGACUUAUUCUCUGCACUAAUGAUAAGAUCCGAUGGCUUCAACUAAAAAACGUUAUAAUAAUAUAAUAAUAAUAUGCCAUUUAGCAGACGCUUUUAUCCAAAGCGACUUACAGUUGUGCGUGCAUACAUUUUUGUAUAUGGGUGGUCCCGGGGAUCGAACCCACUACCUUGGCGUUACAAGCGCCAUGCUCUACCAGCUGAGCUACAGAGGACCAAUACGCCCUACCAUUGUGUGACUAAUAUUCCACCUUUUACUCUGUGUGAAAGGCAUUCAGAUUAACCUGUUUGUAGACAUGACUACAGAAGAAUCUGAUAUUUCACUUUCCUGGAAAGAAAUCCAACAAAAUACCAGAGGAGUGUGUAAAGUAAGACUAGCUCUUGGAUAACCUUGACUAUUACCUCUGACCCUUUCUGUGCUUCCUCCCCCUCUCCUCGUCCUCCACCUCCUCUUCCCCCAGGCUGCCUGUAUCCCUGUCAUACUGAGCAACGGCUGGGAGCUGCCUUUCUCUGAGAUCAUCGACUGGAGCAAAGCAGCUAUCAUCGGGGAUGAGAGGCUUCUACUGCAGGUAGCUACUGAUGGAGACAUCCUCCCUAUGACACUGAUCUCUCUCUCUUUUCACUGUUAUUAUACUGUACCUUAGGCCAGAACACAAGGGCCUCACAACUCACUUUGUGCUUUUAGUAAGGACCACUGUAAGGACCACUGUGGUGGAUAACUUUUACCUCUCUACAAAUGAAUAUAUUCAUAAUGUUUUGCAAAUGCACUACAGUAACUUUUUUGGGGGGUCAACAUUUUUUCUUAUCACAGCACUCUUGUUUGCUGUCAAAUUUUGUUACCUCAAGCUACUCUCUUGAAUCACUCAGCAUUAGUUAGGCAUUCCUACAGUUAACAUUUGUUAGCCUCAUUAACUAGCCAUCCUUAGAGGAAGUGAUUCCUCAUCUUGCCAGCCACACCCACGGUUUCAGAGGGGCUUGUUUGCAGAGGGGUGUAAUGAAAUGCCAGUGUACCUGCACAUAUGAAUCCACCCCACCCCUGCCUGUCUCCCGUAGCCAGGGCCCUAUAUCAAUAAACUCUCCCAUUUAAUUAUGUCAUGCAAGGUGUAUAAUAUUUAGAUUAUUUAAUUACUGAAUUUAUUAGUAGCUGCUACCUAGCUGCCCUUUCAUGACUCAGAGCUUGCCAGUUAUUCAUGUGGUGAAAAGGAAGAGGUUUGAAAAAUACGACAGCCAAAUGUCACGAUGACAUGAAAGUGAAGUGAAUGAGGAAAUUAUGUGUGUCAAGAUAUGACAGGAUUUAGCUUGAAGGUGUCAUUCCCCUUCUUGUCUCAGCCCUACCCCCCACUUAUGAACUCAGUACAAUUAAUACAGGAGCCGCCUGUUGCCGUAAAGGAGCUUAACUGGCACACUAUAGAAACUGGACACAUCUUUCUCAGACUACUGAUACCCACAAAGAUGGGAUUUUAAUUCGAUUUGCACACAAUUGCACUAUUGAGACCACAUAAUGCAAAAGCAGCCUGUUAAAAGCCGUAAAUGGUUUUAAUGCAAGUCCUGUAAUUAUUUGUGAUUAUAUGCUGUUGAAUGGAAGACAUUCAGUGAAGCAAAUGUUUUUUCUCUCUCUUCACCCUCUCGUUACAAAGUCCCCGUCCUAAAAGCAUGCUAAUCGUUGUCAGACACACUAUAUAUGCAAAAGUAUGUGGAUACCCCUUCAAAUUAGUGGAUUAAGCUAUUUCAGCCACACCCGUUGCUGACGGGUGUAUAAAAUCCAGCACACAGCCAUCAGUAGCGGUGCGUGGGUAAAAUCACUGGGGAAGCCAAGCCCCCCCAAAAAAGCCAUAUUACAACCUAUGUGUUGUGAUAAUUGCGUUGUUUGCUCUAUAAUCUGUUAAUUCAUAUGCCUUAUAUAGGCCUAAAGGCCGAGACAAUAAGAAGACAAAGUGGCAGAAUAAAUUCAACCACACCUUUGUGGUUAGCAACCUCUGUCCAGUGAAGUCCACAAAGCAUAUUGCAUGUAACAGACAGUUACAUGACCUACAGCAUGGUCAAGCAAGUGAAUGUUUCCGACAUUUUCAGACCACUAAACAACUAUUCACAAAGAAAACAGGAGCUGCCUCCACUAUUCCAGCACCAUUUCAAAUAAAAGAUACCAAAAACAAUUUAGUCCUCAUCAACUUAAGAUAAAUAUGAUGUGGCUGUCCAUGUUUCUGAUUUCUGUGUGCGUGUUUGUGGGUGUUCGUGCAAGUAGAAAAACAUGUUGACUCACCCUACUCAGAGAAAUGCCAGUGCCAUCCUCCUCUCUUUCAUGUUGAUGAAAUGGUCUAUCACUCUGUCAUACAGUACGCACUUUUAUUUUUUGUUGUCCUAGGCUACCUAGCUAAAAUGCUUGCUCGCUAGCCUAACUUCCAUUCAUGGGCAAUGUUAGCUAGUUAACAUUAGCAUUCUACAUCUAGCUACAUAUUGAACUUCCAUCCUCUUAGGCCAGGGGCACAACAAUUAAUGAAUUAAUGGUUGGAUCAGAAUUGCCGUUAUAAUCUUUGACCAGUACGGAGAAUUAAGUAAAACCACAAGUCCAAAUCCCUAUUUCCAUCCAUGGCUAAUUUAGGAAAGGGCCAAUUUUAGCUAGCUGGCUAGCUAGCCACCGGAGGACAACAACACAACGAGAUGCAACAAUUCAAAUUUUCUGUCAAUGACGUAUGCUCUCAAUGGGAUUUGAUAGGAGUGACGCCAAAUCCAAGCUGGCUUCCUUUGGCACUUUUUUUUUGGUUCGCCAGGACCAAUCACAGUUGAGCUCACUCAGUUUAGCUCAACGCUGAUUGGCUAAUUUUGUAUACUUUUUUUGUCAAGGGAGGCCAGAUGCUUGCUGGAUUCCCUUGCCUUCAAUGCUAUGGGCGGCAACGAUGUCAUACUCGUUUGGACCAGACAGCAUCAGAUAGAUGGCCUACACGUAGAGAGACAGAGGGGCUCUGUUUCGCUCGCUCGGAUGCUAUCUCCUGUGAAAUACAUUCAGCCUCUUGCGAAUUGAGAUGAAGCAUUGGCAGUAGAAUGGCCUUACUGAAGAACUCAGUGACUUUAAACGUGGCACCGUCAUAGGAUGCCACCUUUCCAACAAGUCAGUUUGUCAAAUCUUUGCCCUUCUAGAGCUGCCCCGGAUAACUGUAAGUGCUGUUAUUGUGAAGUGGAAACGUCUAGGAGCAACAACGGCUCAGCCGCGAAGUGGUAGGCCACAAAAGCUCACAGCACGGGACUGCCGAUUGUAGUGUAUGUGUAGGUGUGGACGAUAUGCUGUGACAGCAUAUGAGGCUCUAUGGGACGUUUUGUCUUCAGAAGACAAUAAAAAAACAUAAUGACAGCAUUUGUGCACUAAGCACGAAUAAUUAAAUUAUCCCAUUACAAGUUGUGUAGAACUGCAUUCACACUGGCGUCAGAAGAAAAGCAAUGCAGCCCUCAGGCAUUCAGAGUGGGAGUUAGAUACAGAAGGAUGCUAAAAGGUGUGGAAAGUUGUCAAACUUAGAAGCGUUAAAACACUGCUAAUUUGUUCUCCAAUCUCAUAAAACAUUUUAGAAAAAGGCUCAUCUUCUUCUUAUCCUCUCAAGGGGAUGGUGCUGGAUUAUUGAAAACAGGUUAUCCAAUCAUUUUGACCCUUAUCUUGUUGAGAUUUUUUUUUAGCACUUGUUAAACAAAAUCUCUUUCUCUGAGAAAUUGUAUUUUCCAUGUUUUGGAGCAUACAAUAUAGCUCAGUAUUUUAACUAUUUAUUUUAUGCACUUUUUUUGCUGAUCUUUAUCAAGGAAUCCAGUAAUUCCAGACCCCACUGUACAUCCAGCUUUGUUUACAGAGUUUGUAAAUUAGCUAUGCACGACUCCCACACCAUAUUGCUGUGUGUGUUGGUUCAUAAUGAGAUUGAAGGAGAGUUUUUAAGUCAAUCCACUGUUUUGGUUUUAUACAACAAUCAAGUUGCUGCACCUGCUGUGAAAAUGGAAUCUCAUUGCAUUCAAUUAUGUUGAAGAAUGACACGCAACAACCCAGCACAACAUGAAGUAGCAUGUUCCCCCACAGAGGAGACACAUAAACACUAAUGGAGAGAGGGAGUGUGAUUAGAUUGGCUUUAGUUAUAUCCUGCCUCUGGCUGUAUUAAAACUACAGAUACUGUCACUGCCAAACAUCAGCUCAGUUUUCUUUGUGAUUUUGGUGUUAGAAAUGUGACGUUCAUUGUGUCAACGCUGAUUUGUCUCUCCUGCCACGUGUCACAUUGUCAAUUGUAUGUUUCUGUGUUUGUAUAAUUGAUGAGGAGACUCAGAGAGGAGCAGUGACAGGACAGAACAGUGAUGCAGUGCUGUCUGUUAGUUAGCAGGGUGUGAUAGCAUUGUGUGUUAACCACAGGAGUGACAUGAUCCCUAACUGAGGGGUUCACCCUCUCUCACGCAAGGCUAGUUUACCAGCCCAUAAUGUUUUAACACCUCAGUUUCUCUAGCAAUAUGACCAAUGCUGGAGCUACCACUGGAGAGGAUAGUCCUCAAUUGGAACGAUAUGACAGAAAAUUCCAUUUGUCCUGUGCCACACAAAUGACAGUGUAAUCUGACCGUUGAGUACCAUCGUUAACGAUGUCAUUGGUCCCUCAAGUAAUUGCCACUAAAGGGACAUUAGAAUCCUACAGAGAGUGUUGCUAUGACACCCAGGGGAGGAGUCAGUGUGUCCAUGGGCCUCCCUCUGGAAGGAGGAUUUCACCUAAUCACAUCUGCCCAGAGAAUAACCCAUGUUCCCCCACUCCCUCACACUCGUUACAUUUUUUACUCUGUCCUUUUCUUUCCAGGUUUCUUCAAUUACCAGAUCUGUGGACCAUGACAAAAUAUUGGGGAUCAGGCAGCAGACUCAGUUCCUCUGGGAUGCAUAUUUUUCUUCAGUAGCAAAAAUAGUAUUAACUACAUUAGAGGUAAGCUCACCCAUUUAUAGAACUGUUCAUGUGAAUCAAGAGUGGGUGGGAGCAGGCUGGGAGGAUUGCAUGGUCAGACAGCCAGCAGCCAGGAUAACGAAUAGCCUUUUCUAUAAUGUGCAUAAGUGGCCAGGAUGAAUUGAUGGUGGCUGUACAACAGCAUUCCCCAACCAAGUUCUUCAUUUCCCCUUGUUUGUUCUUUCUUACUCCUCCUGACAGUCUGGCUCUUACUUUAGGAGUGUUCUCACUAUACUCUCUCUUCUGUCUCAGUCUGGGGGGAAACAGACACAAAGGGCUUUCAUCAGCCUCUUCCCCAGAACAGACAGACAGUCAGGACCUGCUAUGAUCAAAAGAGAUUGCAGUGUAACGGUUUCCUCUGGCAUCUUAAAUGUGUGUGUACUACAGUACGGAGACGGGUAGCUGGGGGUUACUUAUAAAAACGUCCCCUUGUGUUAUGCUGCUACCAUUUAUUGAAGUCACACCCCCAAAUAUAGUGUCCCCUCAAAGCAAAGUUUAAAUAAUUGUCAUGUUUCCCCUAGAACAAUCAGAAAUCAAAUGUUUUGUUUGAUGGUAUGAUGUGUUUGAUGGUAAGAUGUGUGGAGAGGAAGCCCAGGUGUGAGGUGUUUUGGCCUGCAGGUAUGAGAGGUUCAGAGCAGGGUAACAUCAGAACAUUCUCAUAGGCUCUCUGUGCAACCCCUCUGUCUCAUUUAACUGUUUAGCUUUUGUCUUUUUCUUCUGGGGAAAAGUGUUUUACUUUGGUCUGACUUUUUCAAUGGGUUUUUAUACACUGAGUGUACAAAACAUUAGGAACCCUGCUCUUUCCAUGACAUACACUGACCAGGGGAAUCUAGGUGAAAGCUAUGAUCCCUUAUUGAUGUCACUUGUUAAAUCCACUUCAAUCAGUGUAGAUGAAGGGGAGAAGACAGGUUAAUGAAGGAUUUUUAAGCCUUGAGACAAUUGAGACAUGGAUUGUGUAUGUGUGCCAUUCAGACGGUUAAUGGGCAAGACAAAAUAUUUAAGUGCCUUUGAACGGGGUAUGGUAGUAGGUGCCAGGCUCACCGGUUUGAGUGUGUCAAGAACUGCACCGCUGUUGGGUUUUUCACGCUCAACAGUUCACUGUAUCACUGACACAUUCAGAAACCACUCUUAUUAGUUAUAAUAGUGUUGGAAGCCCUAAUUUAGAACUCACUCAACAGACACUCCAACCUGUCACCUAUAUGUCUUUGUCCUGUUGUUUUCUCUUUACUUCUGGAGGGUGUCAGUGUUUAAUUUCCCCAGUCUCUGUCUUUACUCCAUUCCUUGUACUAUGCCUACAAUUCACCACUUCAUAUCAAAGGAAACAAUGACAGAAGGAGGGGUGAGUAGGAGGAGAAAAGAGAAAGUGAGGAGGGUAUAUUAUAGGCAUUCCGUCAUGGUUCUUCAAAGGGAGCCACAGCAGCACUUUGUGAUGAAUUGGGUUUGGGAUUAGGGCCGAGUGUUGGUUUUAUGUGUUGCCGGGCGAACGUCACCAGCAGGUGCCUAGUCUGAAUCCAACAGGGACAAAAUUAGGCCCGUCUCCAUGGAUAUUUACCAUAGUGCAGAAGUGCUAAAUGCUCGGGCUACAUGCCGACUGACAAAAUGGGGGAAAUGAAGCAUCCUAAAUAGCCCCGCAAGUGGCACACACAGUGCUGUUGUGAGGCUUGCAGUAAGUGCCAGCUAAUUCUCUAUAUAGAUCAAAAGGCAUCUGUCAUAACAGUGUUCCUGGUACUGGACGGGCACAUGGACUGUAAACUGUUAUGCAAAACACCCAGAGGGUGGUUGUUUGUGGCGCAUGACAAACAGCCAGACGUUACUCUUCCCUCAUAGCCAGGUUUAUCAGACCUGAAUCUGUCAAUGGAGUUUUCAGAUACAUUUUCAGAAAGCAUACAAUUCAGCACAAGUGUGAACCAGACAGAAGAAACUGUAGCAACUGGAAGAGAAGGUAUCUUUAGCAACAGAAAUUAAGCUCAUCACCUAGAGUAAACAGUGGUAAGGUGUCGACCCCUCACCUCCUUUAACUCAGGGGGUACUUAUUAAGGCCUAUCUCACAACCUCAUUAGGACCCACAGUACAAACGGUGGAAGCAGCCUGGAAAGCACCAGGCUCUGAGAGCGAGGCAGGAGAGGAGACAUACCAAUAGGGUCUGUCUCUGGCAGUGGAGCUGUAGCCUUUCUAUUCAGGACAGGCAGUGAGUCAGGGGUCCAUUGUAAAGAGCAAUCAAAAGUAUGUGGCUGAUAUGAUAUGAAAUGACUGUUAAUGACUUUGAUUAACGUUUUAUUUUGUAUUUUGUCUCCAUUGACACAACUAAUAUCGGGACCCAUGGCUGAUCUUCAUGUAAAGCAUGACCACUGCAUGCAAAUAACUCCUUACAGACUAAGAAACUGUGCAAGUUAUUGCUGUUAGAUAAACAGUCAGCAGCACAGUCAUCAUACAUAUCAUAUAUAGCAACAUGCGAGGAGAUACAGGUCCAAUCUCCACAGUCAACAUGCAGGGUAACGGUUGUACCUGGGUGAAUGGGAGUCAGUCCCAGCUGAGGGUAUGAGGUUUAUUCUGCGUCAGAGAUGCUGCUCGACAACAUGGCCACGUCCAUCAGACCCAGCCUCCUGCAGAGCGAGCAGCUUCUUAACACUAAUCCUCUCUCUCUCUUCUCCUCUCUCCUUCUCUCUGUGUUAUUUCUUUUUCUGUAGAUAAUCCAAGACAGAAUAAAUUCACACAUAUCCAGGAACAAGUUGAUGUGGAAUUCGUUGCCUGGUGGACUAUACGUUCUGCCGCAGUUCUCCACCGACGCUGCAGUGUUCCCCUUUUAUUACUCCUCACUGGGUGAGUUGGAGCCUGUUUAUGACCUGGUAUUAUGUGUCUGUAUAACAUACUCCUCUUCUAUAUGCAUGGGAACUGUUGACACACAACCAAAGGAUCAGACCACUGCUUGGUCCUUUAGGUCUUUGAACUCAGUGACCAAGUCAAAACGAAAUUCUUCAUUCACAACCAGUACAUUGUGGAGGGUCUAAUGUCAAUGUGCCCUCUUCACCUCUUCCUCCAUGCUGUUUUAUAUCCUCCAAUGCUGCAUUCUAAGAAAUUGUUGCUCAUGCUAACCAACUGCAGACACAUUUUACGUUAACUAAAGUUCAUGUUUGGGGACCAACCAAUGCACUUUACAGCUGAAAUUGUAAUGGAUUUAACCUUUGGGAACUGGUGUAAGUUAUCCCAUAUUCUAUCCCUCCUAUCUCCAGUGCCAUUAAUUGCCGAGGGUCAAGUCCUCCCUAGAGUCAGUCAGUAGUCGUAACUGAAAUGGAACAAUGCUGCAGCAGAGCAGUCGGUGUCUUGUGCAUUCUCUCCUGCAUGGAGCACCUUGGAGCUGUGCAUUAUGAACUGUGCUGCUACCGCAGUCCUGUGAGGAGCACUGGGAUGAAGCCGUAACUCAGAUAGAUGCUUGUCUUUCUCUAAGGAGUUGAGGACAGGAAGAAUGGGCAGUUUGCUUUAUGCUACCGCAGUAAAUCAAGUUUUUGCCAGUUCUGGGGGAAUAACUUGUCAUCAAUGCCGGUAAUACACAGGCAUUAUCAGUCUCACUUUCCAUCAUUCUGAUGGCGAAGCGGUUAAAAACUUUUCUAGGUAGUUAAAAAGUUUCUGGAGGUUUUUCUCACACAUCUGCAGUUUAGGCCUGUGUAAAUUCUACUGACUAUUUUGCUGUUUUUGAAGUCUCUGUAAAAUGUUUUUAGUUGAUGUUACAAUAUUUUGCUAUUAGGACAGCAUCUGUGCCGCAUCAUAUUUUCUGUGAGAAGUAGAAAACAAGGUGAUGUUGGGCUCCAUCUCUGGGGUCUUGAUGACUGGGUAUACCGCCUCAAAAUCACAAAUUGGAUUUCCAACUUGUUAAGUAGAGUCCAGCUGCUUUGGCACCUCCUAUCAUGUGCUUCACAGGCUGUUUGCUUCACAAUUCUCUUUUAACCAUGUUUAAAGCUACUGGGAAUGUAUGAAGACAUGCCAAAUCAGUGGAUGAGAAAGGGUAGGCCCAUUCACAGCAAAAAACUGUUUGAAUGUUCGCUGUAGAAACUCUGCUUGUUAUCCGCAGUCAUCAAAACCAAUUCUCAUCGCCAUUUGAGUUCACAUUUUUACUCAUGAGAUGUAAUGUCUCAACUGAAUUUGGUUUGAACUCAAAUAUUUUGAGUGAAAAUGAUCAGGAGGACCACCUUGAAGCUUUUUUUGCAGUACUCUUUAUUAUUAGCAGGAAUUGUUCUCAAGUUAUCCUUUCUUUUCUCUGCAAGCUAUUCAGCAAACAGUGACACUAAUGAGCUGUCAAUCAAUCUCAAUCUGAAGCUUCAUUAUAGCCUUUUACAUGAGGGGGAAAGUAUAUCUUGUCUAAAUCUUUGGAUUAGAUCGACAGGGCAUCAAAAACAAUGUGAAUUAAUCUGAACGCUGCAUAUGCAGUUCCACAAAGUCUUCUCUCAUUGCGUUGUGCCAAGUCGACAUCGAGGAGAAGGACUAUUUCCAGGAGGCUGCUAGAAGAGGAGUGAUUUGUUUACCAACACCUCGUGUGAAAAGGCGGUAACACUUGCCCUCGUCACCACACCUCCUCACUUCCCCGGCACCUCUUUUAUUUUCAAGGUUACAGCUACAACUACAGCAGCUAGAUCUCAGCGAGGUUCAGGAACCCCUAUCAGCUUUCUCCUCGGCAGUCACACCGCUGCUCUUUGUGAAGUAGUGAUAAUUAUGCCACAGCGUCUGCGAGGUCUGUGUCUGAUUUGAUCCAACCUGGCUUUCUGUUAUGGUCUGGAAAACCCUCCAAAUUGCCUCGUUUGCGGAUCAUGAUUGUUCCGGUCCAUUGCAAUGGGUGUGAUACCCCCCCCCCUCCAAAUUGCCUCGUUUGCGGAUCAUGAUUGUUCCGGUCCAUUGCAAUGGGUGUGAUACCCCCCCCCCCCCCCCCCCCCCCCCCUGUACCAUAGUACAGUUUGACUAUGUUCUGUCAACAUUAGGGUCUACUUUCUGAGCGCGUUCCAUACCACACUGAACCUUUCUAAUGACCAUUUCUAGAGCUCCUUCGCUAAGGCCAGUAACCAGCAUAAAGGCUAAUAACCAGCAUAACCAAUCCAGUGACACAGUGACACGCACCUCCACUAGGCGUACAGUAGUAGGAUAAGCUGCAAAGGGCAGUCUCUCAAGAUUAGAUGGGGCCACGAAAUGAGGCUCCUUUUUCACAAAUGUGGGUGUAAGAGCAUACUCUGCUACAGUUGUUUAAGGUGUGUUAUAUAAUUAUCAAGCCUUUAAGCCAGUGGAGUGGCAAUAAAUAUUGGAUCAAUGCAACAGCAUACCUUGUUGGAAUGUAAAAUAUGUUUCCCUCAUCUUAACAACAGUUGGAGAAACUUUUCAAACAACUUUGAUCACAGUUCUUUCAAUGAAAGUCAUUUGAAAUAUUUUUGGGCCAGUUCUGCUUGGUAUAUUUGCAGUUUAAUGUUUGAUUCGAACGUUUGUUUGAACUGAACUUAAAAUGGCUACCAGAAAUGACUGUGGGGUUUCCCGGAGGAAACAUUUCUUCUACACAAGUGUUGCCAGAAUAAAAUACUUUAUCAAGGCUUUCGAUGACAGGAUGAGAACAAGGUCCUAAUGCAGUACUGAAUCCCUCUGAAGAUGAUCGGCAGAAAUGUUCUACAGCUUUCUUUGCUCAUGCAACGUCUGCAAAGAGCAAUCCUCCUAUUCAGGCAAAUGUUCUGCUCAACAAAUAGACAUACUAACAGUCAGCUAUCACGUCCCACGUCAAGGAGGCAUCCUUGUGUGACCGCACAGCCUCCACCCCCAUUAAGACGGUAGAUCCAUAAAUGGAGCCCAGUACAUCAGAGGCCAGAGAGACCACAGCCCCAUGUCAGAGAGAUUGAUUGGGAUGCUGUAAGUGCACUAGGUGCCCAUUUAGGCGUGAGGAGGUGGAUGGACUGGAGAGUCCAGUCUCAGUCUACUCUGAAGAUGUGGGUCAAAAGAUGAAUGUCUUGAUGUAUGUGUCUGAAGGUGUGUGUCUGAACGUGUGUGUUUUUCUGUGUGAUUGCAGGUAAGAGCCCGUCCCAGGAGUUCACUGCUGUUAUCCAGGCUGUGACUCCUCUCCAGUCUCAGCUGCAGCCCGUAGUCAAGCUCAUCAUCGCUGUUGCCAAAUCCAAGUUCUGUGCACAGGUGAGAGCUCAGCAUAGAGAUCCUAUUAAAUUAAAUUAGUAUCUAAUUGCUAAUUCUAUGAAACGCAAACCCAUGAACCGUGAGCUGAGGCGAAACUGCAGGGAUGCAGACCAUUGAUUUCUAUACUGUAAUUCAUAUGUGAAAGGAUAGAAGUCAGCGAGAAUUAAUCUAGUUAUAUGAUGUAGGAUAAAGCUUUACAGCUAUACUGUAGUCAUGGCAUGCCGCCGCAUGUUAUAUUGAACUAGAUAUUAUCAAAGUUUGCAAGGAAAGACAGACUCAACUCCGCUGUGUAUCCGCUGCUACAAACCAAUGGCUAUAUGUACAGUGGGGUCUAUGCACUUUGAAUUGAUAUUUUGUUGACUUGUUUUAUUUGAAGAUCAUUGUGCUGUGGAAUUGUGACAAGCCUUUACCUCCGAAGAGCAAGUGGCCCUCCACCACCGUGCCUAUCACUGUCAUUGAGGGAGAGAGAAAGGUAAGAGUUUUCCUAGUUAUGCGGGCGUUAAGAUUACAUGUUUCGCUAUCGAUUUUAAUGUGUUUUAUUGAGUCUUGAUCAUUCAGAGGGAAUGAGCAUGGUUGUUAAAGUCAGGGGAGAUAAAAUGCAGUCGUAAAUUCCUCAUAAAAUCCAUUCAAGCUUUUCUUUAAUUUGUACCUUUUGGAAUUGUCCGUGACUGAGCUUAGCUUACCUUGACUGUUGAGCCAUCACACAGCAUGAGGCUGCUUCCAGGAGCGUUCCAGGCGGUCUCUAGUUGAAAUACACACAGGGUCAUUACUGUGCCAAGCCUCAGCUGAAUCAUUUUAGUAAUGCUACAGUAAGGCACCACUUUGCAGUGUUCUUAUGAGCUUUGAAAACUUCAUACUUCCAAAGAGGACAAAUGCACUUACUGAAUCUUAUAACACACUAAUGUGGUUUCAAUCUAACUACUCUGAUUAAACUCUAUUGCACGGAUUUGAUACAGUACGAUUCUUCCAACCGUUCAUUGAGUCCAAAUAAUCACUCAGAUUGUGUUAUUUGGAGCAUUCCAUUUACAAAAUAUAUAUUACACAAAGCAAAAGUGGAAUUCCAAUCAGCAGUGUCAUGCAUGCUGCCUACCACAGAAUUCAGUCAAAUCUCUCUCUCGCGCGCGCUCUCUCUCUCUCUAGUCAAAUCUCUCUCUCUCUUUAGUCAAAUCUCUCCCUCUUUAGUCAAAUGUAUCUCUCUUUCAAUCUCUCUCUCUCUCUCUCUCUCUCUCUCUCUCUCUCUCUGUGUGAGUCUCUGUCUCACACACAAAUACACACAUUCACACACCCCUCAGUUGUUUCAUACAGAAGUAGCAGCCCAGCUCUUGUCCUAACACAAGGGUAGUGCUGACUGCAGCCCUCUCCAUUCUGCCCCAUUGAGGCAGGAGCAGGACCCUAAAACCCAAUGGCAGCUCCCUUAAUUGAUUCUGUUUGUUCCCAUGUAAUAAACACAGCAGUGGAGAAAAAUGUGUUUCCACUAUAACAAUAAACAGCUUUUCAAAAAGGCAUCUAUGGGCCCCUAAUUACUCACUCAGAGUAUUCUAGUCUAACAAGACAGCUGCUCCAGAGUAGUAAUUCUCUGCAGCUCUCUCCCCAAACAAUAAGAGCUUUGCUGUGUUGAAACGUUCACAUCACACUGAAUCAGAGUGCUGCCUGGAGACAGAGUAAUAGCUAACGGCAGAUGUGUUCCAUUUUCUUCUAUUGUGCAUCUUUUGUUGUCCCUCAUGUAAUCUGCCAAAUAAAGGAAAGUCAUUGAAUCAAAAAGAAAGGAGGACCAAGGCACUCUUCAUAUAAUUAAAAUGCUUUUAUUUGUAUGGCAUGUUCAAUGGAACAAAGUAAUUGUAUGUUAGCCAGGGCGGCUGUGUAUCUAGAGGCUUUUAUUAUCUGGUGUGUCCUAAAUGGUUUCAUCCCAUCAAGGCCGGCAUACUCUUUAACCUCUACGGGAUCGGUGUCCCGUAUACGAGACAGUUGAGCUAACGUGCGCUAAUGUGAUUAACAUGACUGUUGUAAGUAACAGCAAACUUUCCAGGACAUAGGCAUGUCUUAUAUGGGCAGAAUGCUUAAAUUCUUGUUAAUCUAACUGCACUGUCCAAUUUACAGUAGCUAUUACAGUGGAAGAAUACCAGGCUAUUGUUUGAGGAGAGUGCACAACAACAAAAAACGUAUCACGGUAACUGGUUUGAUACAUUCACCUCUGAAGGUAAAUAAUGUACUUACAUUCAGUAAUCUUGCUCUGAUAUGUCACCCUGAGCGUCCCAGAGAUAAAAUGUAGCAUAGUUUUGUUUGAUAAAAUCAAUUUUUAUAUUAAAAUGUAGGAACUGGGUUCUAAAGUUUGAACCCCUGCUGUCUCUGGCUCCACACCCACCCCGCCCGGCCAUCUAGAUGUGUGAAAGUUAGUGUAUAAGCUUUUUUUUGGUAUUAUCUUUUACCAGAUCUAAUGUGUUAUAUUCUGCUACAUUAAUUUUACAUUUCCACAAACUUCAAAGUGUUUCCUUUCAAAUGGUAUCAAGAAUAUGCAUAUCCUUGCUUCAGGUCCUGAGCUGCAGACAGUUAGAUGAGUAUGUCAUUUAAAUUGAAAAAAAGGGUCCGAUCCUUAAGAGGUUAAUCAAAUAGGCUGUGUUUUCCUAAAUACAUGUCACCUAUUUAUUUAGCAUGAAGACUACAGGCUCGUGUGUUAUUACACAGUAACCUAGACCCCAUUUAUUGUGUUUUUCGGUCCUAUACUCGCCAUUGUUUUUGCACUGUUUUCAUUUUUAGCAAGCUACAGAUGUAGGAUCUUAAUUUGAUCCACCUGUUGUAAGAGAGCUUUCCUGCAAUGCAGGACAUUUUCAACUUGUAGUGUAUUUGAGGUUUAUAACGGCUUCUGAAGUUUGUAAUUUCCACUUAGAAAUUUCAAGCUUGAUUUUCCCUUACAAAAAAAAUGUCUAUUAAUUAUAAUCCACAUAAUAAUUCACAUUUUCUGUUGCUGCAGGAUUAUUUUUCCUGCUGUAGCAAACUGGCUCAAAUUAAGACCCUACAUCUGUAGUGUGAAAAGCAGAGGCAUACUGUUCAUGCUACUGCAUGAAUACACUGUGUGAAAGACAAGGGAAAACACAGGCUGCUGUGAAAGGGCCUUGAUGAACCACAGGCCCUCUCCGUCGUAAUCUAUCAUUCACAUUUAUAUAUUUUUCUCCCCUCCAUCAUUCUUUUAUUUCUAUGUGGCUCCAUAGUACACGCUAAUCAGCCAUGAGUAGAGGUCACUGGCAGCAUUCAAUUAAAAUCCAGCCAAUUAUAUUAUCGAUUUUUCCUCCAUGUUUCUAUCCUCAGGAAAGUAACACAUCUAACAAUAGGUCCCCUCAUAUUUUUCCUUCAAGUGGGUUUCAAUUUGAAGGCUAUUUAAGUUGACCCACAUCCGUGCCAUGGAUCACAUUAUAUCCAGCUAACAUUAAAUCACAAUCCUUGCUCUCGGCAGACCUGCCACUCACUCCCAGGGCCUGACGGCUUGGAGCUAAGCCCUUCACUGACUUGUGGGAGGGGGUGUAUGUCUGACUAUGUGUGUGCGUGAUUGUGCACGUGUGUGUGUUUGUGUCAGAUCUCCACAGUAGCAUCUCCACAGCUGUGUGUGGGUGGCUGGCUGAGUGUGCUCCUCUCCUGCGAUGCGAUGCCUCAAGAAGGGCUCACUGUCUCAUUAGCACCUCUCCCUCUCCCCAUCCUCGUCAGAUAGCUAUUUUCAUCACCUGCUAAAUUCAUAUACAGCCUGGAUCACAAGAUGUCUCAUCAGAAGGGAACAUGGCCAAUAAGAACAGAUAAUGAAAUGUGGUGAAACUUCCAAAUGUUAGAUGUAAUGCAAAGCGUUGAGUCGUUGCGUUCGAGUCCAAUGCUUUUGAACACUACCAGUUUCUCCUCAACUCAAUUCAUGAGUUGAUCCUCAGAAUCAAUUCAGUCCAUUCAUUCAUAUUUGUGUUAAAUGUCAGAGGGCAGAGUUCCGAAUUUACUGAAUGGCAUCAUUACUCAUCAGUAUUUCUUAUAUUGUUCACAUUUUACAAAUUUUGAUUCACAACUUAAAUUCACAAUGUCCUUAUCACCUAACAUGCAAUCAAAUCAAGCUGUAGGUUACAGUUGAGGAAUAAUGACACAUGAUUGCACUUUGAAGCAAAUUUGUUUUUUUUAAGUAUCCUGAAAGUGGAGGAAAUCUAUUACUAUUGCAGAAAAGCAUGCCAACAUGGUACAAAUUAUCCAAGUUAAAGAGGCUGAACUAUCUCACUACACUUUCCCUUAAACUCCAAUCAGAGUCUGUGUAAACAGCAGUGGUGAAGCAGAUGGGUUUCUGUGGGUAUGUUAGGGUUCCUGGGUCAUGGGGCAUGUUGAGGUUAUCCCUGGCCUGUACUCUAUGGUGGUGUUUCGGGCUCCCUGCACUCAUGAGGUGGGUGUCUAAUGAUCCAUAAUGCAUUGAGGUCAGAGGAGGCCAGAACACACAGUCCCACAGGACUUGUCCUGUCUCCCAGGCAGGCAAGACACCAGGUGAGAGAGAGAGACUGGUCAGACUAAGGACCAAGGGCCACUAGCAAACAGCAGAUGACAAAGACACUUGAUUUGUGGCUUUAUGUUUAGUCAUAACUUCAAAAUUGUCUUCUGCUUAUUUGGCAUUUUUAUCAAACAUAAUGCAAUUUUAGUUUACAAUAAUGCAAUGUAUAUUUAAUCUCUGAACAUUUUCUUAAAGUGUAUCUUUACCCCACUAUGACAGCACUUGAAGUACAUUUUAUGACAAAAAUGACUUACUUGAGCCAUUUAAAUACUUUUCUCUGCUGAGCUUUGACUAUGAGUGUGUCAGGCAUCAAAUCUGAUUAACCCUUAAAGAAAAUUAUUGAAAAGCCUCUAAAGAUUGGCCUUGAAGUAGCAGGAGUUAAUGGAGAUGAGAAUGAUGCCAAAUCUUCACCAGGUGACUCAGUGAUACAUCACUGUAUAUCUGCCUAGGGGGAAAAUCCAUUGACACGGACCAGAGAGAGAGGAGAUGGAAAGAGAGAGGAGAUGAAGAGAGAGAGGAAAGUAAAGGAGGGAGAGGAAAAUAAAGGAGAGAGAGGAAAGUAAAGGAGAGAGAGGAGAGGAAAGGAGAGAGAGGAAAGUAAAGGAGGGAGAGGAAAGGAAAGGAGGAGAGGAGGGAAAGGAAGAGGAGAGAGAGGAAAGGAAAGAGAGAGGAGAGGAAGUAAAGGAAGAGGAGAGGAAAGGAGGAGAGGAAAGUAAAGGAAGGAGGAGAGAAGAGGAGAGGAAAGGAGAGGAGAGAGAGAAAGGAGGAGAGGAAGAAAGGAGGAGAGGAGAGGAGAGAGAGAGAAAGGAAAGGAGAGAGGAGGAGAGGAAAGGAAGGAGGGAGGAAAGUAAGAAGGAGGGGAAAAGAGGAAAGGAAAGGAGAGAGAGGAAAGUAAAGGAGAGAGAGGAGAGGAAAGUAAAGGAGUGAGAGGAGAGAAGGAAAGAGAGAGGAAAGGAAAGGAGAGGAGGAGAAGGAGAGAGGAGAGAGAAAGGAGAGAGAGAAGAAAGGAGUGAGAGGAAAGAGAAGGGAGAAAGGAGAGAGAGGAAAGUAAAGGAGGAGAGGAAGAGGAAAGAAAGGAAGGAAGAGGAGAGGAAAGUAAGAUGGGAGGGAAGAGAGAGGAGAAGGAGAAAGGAGAGAGGAAGUAAAGGAGGGAGAGGAGAGGAAAGAAGGGGGAGGAAAGUAAAAGGAGAGGAGAGGAAGAGAAAGUAAAGGAGGAGAGGAGGAGAGGAGAAGUAAAGAGGAGGGAAAGAAAGAGGGAGAGGAGAUGAAAGGGAAAGGAGGAGAGAGGAAGUAAAGGGGAGAGGAGGAGAGAGAUCAAUAAGGAGGGGGUAAAGGGGAGAGGAGAGAGAGGAUAGUAAAGGAGAGGGGGGAGUAAAGGAGUGAGGGAAAGGAGAGAGAGGAAAGUAAAGGAGAGAGAGGAAAGGAGUGAGAGGAAAGUAAAAGGAGUGAGAGGAAAGGAAAGUAAAGGAGGGAGAGGGAAGUAAAGGAGGGAGAGGAAAGUAAAGGAGGGAGAGGGAAGUAAAGGAGUGAGAGGAAAGUAAAGGAGAGAGAGGAAAGUAAAGGAGGGAGAGGAAAGUAAAAGGAGUGAGAGGAAAGGAGAGAGAGGAAAGUAAAGGAGGGAGAGGAAAGUAAAGGAAGGAGAGGAAAGGAGUAGAGAGGAAAGGAGAGAGAGCAAUCUGAGAACACUGUGCCUCUGUCUCAGUGGGACCAGUUAAAGCAGCCCUGGGGGUGAGGACGAAGGACGGUGGGCCCUGGGACAGAGGAGGCGGAGAGGGACAGACCCAGGGGGGAUGAGAGGGAGAGAUGGGCAGAGUGAAGGACAAACAGUCCCUGAAGAUGUGUAUUGGACUCUGAGUUCCAGAGUAUAUAGAGACCUGAAGGCAGAGCUGUGGUUGAAUCAGAGGGGUGAGCGAUACAACAUCAACAACAACAACAGCUGGCUGGCCUGAUAUCCAGAGCAGUGUGUAACCAUCAGAACAUGGGGAUGGGGAAAUUAGAGCAAUAAGUACAUUAUACAGAGUAUGGUCGUUGUCAAUGCAGAGCUAAAUGAAUGCCACUGUUGUAAAGAGUGUGUUGAUAAUUUUUACCUCUAAUUACUGAGGGAGUUUUGUUUGAGAGUGCGUCAGUGAGUAUCCUCAUGGCUUUACUCUGAAAAACACAGUGAAAUUAAGACAGUAUUACUGGCAUGCUGAUAGACAUACUGUAAGAGCUUAUUGAGAUCAAAGGAAUCCAUGUCAUGUAGAAUCUUUUCAAAUUUGGCACUGUUCAAUUGAUGAAAUUAUUCUCAACUAAAGAGGCAUACUCAUUUCACAUUGUGAUAUUUGCUAUUAAUUUCUAUUUUGACCCAAAUAUAUUCGCCCUUGGAUAUCCAAGUUCCUGUUUCCACAGAGGGAAUAUAAUUAGCAUGUAAUAGCGACGGAUUCAUUAGGAUUUCAGUCUAUGAACUUGGAGCUACUAAAGCCCCCUUUUUCCUCGUUUAUAUAAAUACACUUAAAUAAUACAAAUCCUCUAAUUAUGAGUCAAUAGCAGUAUUACAGCCAUCUCUGUAAAGCCUUCAUUUAGUGUAAUGGAUUAGGGCAUCCACAUCAUAUUAGCCCGGCCGGCAGAUCGAUAGUUCAUACAUACAGGGUUGUGGGUUCGAUUCCCACGGGGGGCCAGUAUGAAAAAUGUAUGCACUCACUAACUGUAAGUCGCUCUGGAUAAGAGCGUCUGCUAAAUUACUAAAAUGUAGAUACAUACAGAAUACGGUGAUCCCGUAAGCUGUGGUAGGAGAAUUAUCAUAGAAAUAUGCAUUCCUCAUGUAAAAUGGAUUUGCAGUCCCAUGAGGGUUAAUGCUGCAGCCCAAGUAUUUUAAUAAACUGGUUUUAUUCAAUCAAGCCCCCAAGCACCGAAGACAGAGAGGAUAAAUACACAUCAGUCAUAUUUAACAUGACAGACUAAAAACAUAAAAUAAAACAAUAAUAUUGGCAAAUCCCGGAGAAUAAGAUCAACGGCUUCCACUACCUCUUCAGAAAAAACAAUCCUCACACUCACGAUUCAUUUGAGCACCCUUAUGAAUAGCAACAGAUUCUAUGCACAGAUAUAGCCUUUUAUGAGCUAACCUAUAUACUGUAGCUACCUAUCAGAAGAAGCAACCCCCCACACCCUUCUUUCUCAGGAACGUUGUCUUGUUACCUGAGUGUUUAUCAUUGUCAUAGAGAGUCAGGUCUGAUUGCUGUCAUUCAUCCCAAGGGCCCUCCACAGCUGAUAAAUGGCUGAUUACUGAGUGUAUAAUAGUUGGACUGAAAGCCUGUACUUUGACACUCUAUCUCUCUCAAUAUGUUCCUAGGAGAGCUUUUUGCCACACGACUCCUAAACGACUCUUAAAGUAACCCAAUGCUCCUCGUUUAAUCAAUCCCUCAGCUGGUAAAUUAAUUUUCAAAAGGCCCCAUGAAGGGCUCUCCUGAGCCAAGAGGCUUGGCUCCGUGCAGUGCGGCCCUGCCAGCGAUACACUGUCACUAUUAUCCUGCUAUGACACACCAGGCAGGGAUAGUUAAAGCAAAUAGGAAAUAAUGUUGCAUUGAAAAGGGCCCAUUAAGCCGCGCUGAUGUGAGUCCACAGCACCUGGAGUCAUCCGCCACUGCUGCCACUGCAAAAUAAUGACAUGAGGCCCUGUCGAUAGCGCGGCCAGGCCCACUUGCUCUUGAGCAGCCAACCCGAGGCGAGGCUAAUCUUCAAGUCAACAGGUUCCUGUCGAUAACUUCCUGAUUUGAUGAAUGAGGGAGCAGCCAGUGAAGAUCAGGAGGGAGAGAGAGGGAGGUAUUAACCCCUUAAGCUUGGUGUCAAGAGCAUUACAGGGCGGCAGGCAGGGGGAGUUUUAGUGAAGAUGCAUCACACCACACACUCUGGCUGGCAGCCUCCCAGAGAGAGAGACAGUGUGGGGGAAUUACCCUGACAUCCUUCUCAGGAGGCCACUGCUGACAGUUCACUUCUGCGAUGUGUUUGUUUCCUAAUAUUAUAGGACAUAACUUUGCAGCAGGCAAUCUACCAAUAACGCUGGCCGCAGAGAGAGAAACAGCCAUCAGUCAUUUCAAAUAGAAAUACCCAGAGAAUUUCGUAGAAAUUAAAUACGCACAGUCUAUAACAUGGAGAUAAAGAGUUGAGGCAUUUUAUUAAUAAUAUGUCAUAUUAUUGCAUAGACAUUUUUCCAUUGUGUACCUACACUGUAAUUGCGCUGUAUUAGUAGGACAAGUGUUAUUGUGAAGUGGGGCUUUGGACAGAAGAUACUGCCGGGCCAUUAUGGUGUUUUUAAUGUCUCAUUGGCCUUCACCCACAUACUCCACAGAACAAGGUUUUUCAUCCAAUAAUCAGAGCAAUAUUUCCUCCUUAAAAUGAAAAGUCCUUCAAUAAUGGGAGCUUUCCAGAAGUAGCCUACAGAGGAGUGGAAUUUGAGGCCCAAAAUAACAAAGAUUGGCCUUCUAUGGAUGAGCUGUUACGGAGGGCUAAAGAAAUGCAAUUAUGUUUCAAACCGAGAAGAAGGUUAACGUUACUCUCUCGGUGCGUCAGGAUGAAGUGAUUAAAUAUUUUGCUCUUCUUUUCAGCCAGCAUGAAAAAGUGACUCCUCUCCUGCUAUUUCUAACAGAGCCCUUUCAAACAUACUGUACCUGAAAUACUUAAACUUGUGAUUGAAUAGGUCCCCACACACAGUCAGAGGUGCUAACAUCAGAGCCAGUGGAUGGAUUGUUGGAGUUUGCGACUGCAGCAAUUGACCACAUCUCUCCCUCUCUCUCUCUCCCCCUCCCCCUCUCCCCCCAGACAAUGAGCAGUCGCUUUUCCCCCCAUGACGUCAUCCUCACAGAUGCUGUCCUCAGUCUGGACGAGGACUCCGUCUUGUCGACCAAUGAGGUAGGAGGAUUACUUAUUAUUCCCUCUCUGUCUCCCUAUUCUACCUGGGGCUUUAAAGUUCAAAGACCAGAUUCAAUUAAUCCUCAUCUAUUAAUGUUAUGCAGCAUCUUGCCCAUGCACUCUUCUUAUUGUGAAAACUGGAAGGUACCUUUGAGGGGAGUCUACCUGGUAGUACAAGUAGAAUUUUAUAGUACCCAAAACCAUUCUCUGAUUUCAUUUUCUAUUGGGAAAAAGAGCUAGGCGGGCUCGAUUGAACGGAGUCCCAAGCCUGUGUGUGAAAAUUAGCCAACAAUUAACAUUGUAUGAUCAGCUACAGCAUUUCCUGUCUCUUAUCUGACAUUGACAUUCACAACAACACCAACUGGUGAGAUUUAGCAGCAUCUGAAGAAUCAACAGAGCUUACAGACAGUUUCUUGAAAGUAGUCCCUCUCCCAGGGGUGUGGAGAUGUACACCAACUGACUUCCUUCAUCUUCAAAGCAACUCCUUGUUUUGUUUAUAGUCUGUUGUUAUGCAGAGCGCCGUGUCGCUGCGCUUGUUGCUACGCUAUGCUCCGUCUCUGUGCCUGCAUUUUGUUCGUGUUAAUUCUUGUUUCUGCUAUUCAAUUAGUCCCUGUAUAAUAUUUGCACAUUGCAGAAUCAGCAAAGCGCUUAAGCUCUUUUUAAUUGCUUGUUCCCAUAUAAUUCGAUCAGGCAUUAAUGUUACUCCAUUAGAACAUGGCCUAAUGGAGUGAAUCAAACUCAGAUUUGGGUCUUUCAGAGUAACUGCUCUGGCCUAGUUCAAACUGGCACUGGGGCCCGGGCUGCACUCUACAGAGUAAGUCAACGCUGGUAUCAUGACCUACUGUAGAGGAAACCAGUCAAGACAAAUGGAGGUGAAGCAUGGUGACAGGUUAUAUUAGUAGAUCAAGUCUGUGGUCCAGGUGGACACUAACCAUUCACAGUAGAGAGUAUUCCAUCCUCCAACUAAUACAUCUCAGCCUGUUGAACCACAGGGACUUCUUGCCUUAUAGGAGGCUGUUGAGGGGAGGACGGCUCAUAAUAAUGUCCGGAACUGAGCAAAUGGAAUGGCAUCAAACACAUGGAAACCAUGUGUUUGAUGUAUUUGAUACCAUUCCAGCCCGUCCUCCCCAAUUAAGGUGCCAACAACCUGUGUCUUGCCUCAUCUGAUCAAUUCCACCCUUGUGUUUCUCCAUUAAACAGUAUCAGUGAAAUGGUCUGGUAUCUUGUCUCCAAGUUUCUCUCGCCCUAUUGAUUUUACGUUGCAUGUUAAUAUUGAUGAGGUAAUUUCAACACCCCUUGUCCAUAAGAGAAAUCCCUGCAUUGGAAAACACAAUGGAGUUAAUUUCUCAAGCAUAGCGUAAUAAUUAAUUCACCUCUCGUGGUCAGGAUGGAUUGAUUACCCCCUUAAAGGAAAUAAUUUGCUGUAUUUAAGAUUCCUUUUAAGUCCUGUUAUUGAGUCACUGACUGGCAACAUCUUGAACGAGGGUCAUUUCCUCCUGAUACUUUCAUUAUCUGGAUGUAGUUUGCUAAAGGAGCUUCCCAUGCUGUGAAAUGCAAAUUCGGUGACCAUGGUGCCAAUUCAAAAAACAUGUAUUCACCAUCUGGCCUGGAAUGAGAAACUAAUGAAAGCCCAAGUUGUUUCAAGCAAUCAAGAGGUUUGUGAAACCUAUUACCUCUCCGGCAUGCUAGUCUCUGCGAUGAUCAUUAGACUGUCAAACCAUGAAGUCACAGUUUGAUUAAGUUUCACGUCUUUGAAAGGGAAAAGCGCUAGAGUGGCUCAUUUUGCUGGCAGUUGUAAAAAUCACUAAAUUAACCAAAGCAGCAGUUGCCUCUGUGAAGAUUAUGUUCUCUCUUUUUUUAAAUCAAAAGUUUCAAACAUUUGCAGAGAUCUUUUGGCUGAGCCCUUGGAAAUGUUGACGUUGUUUGUGUGUGACACAAUGUACAAGUUGGAUUUGCAGUGGUUUAUUGUGUUCCAAAAAUCAAGCUCAUUACGAAAUCCAUUGUUUUCUGCAUCAAAUUGGAGUCUUGGUGGUUGAGUGAUAAUAGUUUCCUGCACCUGCUGCUUUCCAUUCUAAGCACAUGUUGUAUUGCUUCAGUGUGUAUCAAUACAAGUAAGAAAAGGUUCUGCUUUGGGAAAUGGAAAACUUCAAAACUGACCAAGAUGUCGGUGUAAUGAUUACGUUCCACAUGUAUUUCCGUCAUACCUUUUUGACACAUGAUGGACAGACAGACACAGUAGGCUAUGUUUCUCUUUCUGGUCUAUUUCACCCCAUCCAAUACCUGCAUUAAGAAUGAGACCAUCUGCAACCAUUAAGUUAGAGCCCCAACAAGGCUUUAAUGAAGAAGUUUCAUGCAGGUGAAAGGGAAGGGUUUUGCCAACAUACACCUUUCAGACCACAGCUAUCCAAAUUUGAAGCUCCCAUAAGAUUUCAGUGAGUAAAGACCCAAUCCUUAGUGAAUUCUUAGUCUAUCAGUGUGUAAGAGACCUGCAAAAUAUGAUUUAUCUAUUUCAGAUUUUAUUAAUUGCAGCAAGUCUAUCUUCACCUUCCAAGAGGAUCCACUUAAAUUGUAUAGUGGUACAAGAUUACAGAACGGAUGUUACAAAAGUUUUAUGAGGUAAUUUCAGAAAAAAGACAGAGCCUACAUAUGUCUGUCGAAAAGCCAAGAACCAGUCAGAUGCAAAUCCCUCAUCUGCUUAAUAAUCUGUCUCAGUAAUUGCCCUUUAAACAUUGAAAGCAUCUUAAUUUAAAAUAACUGAAAUGUGAGGGAGUAGAGCACUUUUAAUGGGACUUUUACAUUUACAUUUUAGUCAUUUAGCAGACGCUCUUAUCCAGAGCGACUUACAGUUAGUGAGUAAUAAUAAUACAUAGAACAGUGACUGGACAGAAUUUAUAAUUGCAUUGCUUCAACUCAUUAAUCACAUGAUUAUGCUUUAAGUGAGAGUACGGUGUGGAAUAUGAAUGUUCCUAUUAUGACACUGUCUGGCUGCCCAUGGGAGAGCAGGGCACAGAUAACAGUAAAACAGUCAGCCUGUCAAAUGUUCUCCAGUGGUAUAUAUCAACAAAUGCUGCAUGUCUGUCUUUCCUAUAUGACUAUAUGCUCUUAGAAAAAAAGGUGCUGUCAUGAACCUAAAAGGGUUAUUCAGCUAUCUCCAUAGGGGAACCCUUUGAAGAACCCUUUUUUGUUCCAGGUAGAACCCUUUUGGGUUCCAUGUAGGACUCUUUCUACAGAGGGUUCUACAUGGAAGCCAAAGGGGUUCUAUGUGGAACCAAAAAGGGUUCUCCAAAGGGGACAGCCGAAGAACCCUUUUGGAACCCUUUUUUCAAAGAGUGUACUUUUCUAUUAUUUAAUAACAUAUCACAUCAAAUGCCACAUGUAAUCGAUAUGCCGGUAGAGAUUUGUGAUGGAUCUGUUUGUAGACUCUUAGGAACCCAUAUUCAGAAACCUUUUAUUUAUUACAUGGGAUUAAUGUAUGUUGCCCUUGGAAAGCCUUUCUGCUUGGAUAUCAUUCCCCCUCUGCACAUGUCAUUAAUCUCUGUCCCUAUUACCAAUCCAUAAUUAACUAAGACACAUUGUGAAUGGGCCUGUCACAAAGGAUGCGAGGCACAAUCAGGGCAUUAUAAGAGUGUAAUUCCAAAAGGCAAAAUUAUUUGCAUGGUAUCAUAAAUCCUGCACUGAGGUAAUGGCUAAUGCGACGAUUAAUCAAAGGCUACACGUUUUCCUCAGGUUUGUGGUCUAAUUUCUUCAUAAUUGCGCACACACACCAUGACACAGCUAAGAGGUGUUUGAUUAUUUUAAGGGACCUUCUGUUUUUUGGGCUCUGUUCUCUCUUGCAUUUUGGAAAUUAAUUUUGUGCCACUCUGCCAACAGAAGUCAGUGUGUGUAUUAUAAAGUAUUCUACUAUGUAGUGUUCUUCAUAUUCUCUCGACUUGAGCAACUGUCUUUUGACAUUUGGUGUUCCAAAUCUACUCUUUUGCUACAUUGUACUGUUGACAUUGCUCAUCUAUUGCAUAAGUAAAUCUGUCUAUAAGGGAUUUUGAAAGAUGUUGUCUUUUACUCUGAACCCCAGGUUGACUUUGCCUUCAUCGUCUGGCACAGUUUCCCAGACAGGAUCGUGGGCUACCCAGCACGCAGCCAUUACUGGGAUGGCAGCAAAUCAAGAUGGGGCUACACCUCCAAGUGGACUAACGAGUACUCCAUGGUGCUCACAGGGGCUGCGUUCUAUCACAGGUAA